CGUCGCCCGAGAGAGUGACAAGGUGUUGAAAGUUUGCCGAACACCGGCUCCGACUUGACGAUCGAUAUGCUCGACCGAUGGUACGAUUAGCUGAAUUCCGCGAGCCCUACUUCCCGAUAUUCGUGUUUCCCAUGACUCAAAACACAUAAUUAUAUUGAUCUUCUCACAUACUGCUACUCGCUGACUCAGGAUAUAUGCUAGCUGUCAUUUUUUAAAAAGAAAACAAAAACAUUGCAAUAAUAACUAAUAAUUAAUGAGAAAUGAUCGGUAAACAUUCUCCGUGAGUGAUCUCCAAUUUGCCGUAUGUCAAAUUAAUGGACAUCUUUUAAAAUACGCGAGUUGUGUUGUUACCGGAUACGCCAGUACUAGCAUCAAAGAAUAAAGGCUGCCUGUUUCUGUUCUCUGAUAUGACUGGAAAUCAUCUCUGAGAAUCGAAAUACUGACCAUGUUGUCUGGUGUAAGGGAAUUUGGUUUUCUCGUUGCCAUUGUGGCGUGCUGUAGAGGAAUACUCAUCGUGAAGUUGUCCGAAAAGGCCACAGCAAAAAUGAUUGCACAAACCCUGGAGAAGAUGGAUUAUCAGCUAUUCAAUAUGAGUGGGAAAUCUAUUAUCAGCGCCUCUAGUAUUCAAGUUGCAAACAUCAGCGCCAGUCACUUAGAAGGAGUUGUUGCGCAUGUCAGCUUUCUGCCUGACGGGAAGAUGACGCUGACUGUGAACAUUCAGCGCAUGCGCUGUACGGUGGAUGUGCGAGGAAACCUAAUGGGAUUCAUCUCAGUGGACGACAUGCCAGUGGUGGAAUUCAUCGACUCUACUCUCAUUAUUAACAUCACCAUGGGUACCAGUGGUGAAAGUAAAAUUUCCACGGUUACGUAUUGUAACAUGACGGUUAGGAAGGCAGACGUGACGUCACAGCACUGGGCUGUAAACAUUGCUAAGAUUAAAGUUGUGCCUCAGCUCACGUCCGGAUCGCACGUAACAGAUAAACUGUGUCCGCACAUCGAAGAAAAGCUUUUGGGAAACAUGUUGACCCUUAUUGGCCUGGCAGGUUCAACAUGGAUUGGACUGAAAGGGAUUAACGCGUCAUUUCGUGUCGUUGAUCGAGGGAUCAUCCAUUCACACCUGUACAUCGUCUACCAGGAAAGUGAGAACCAGGAUAAUAUCCUUCGUAGUGGGCAGCGUGACCUGGCUGUACAACCAAUGGCAGGACUGAGAGAGAUGGAAUUUUUCGUUCACAGGCGUUUUGUUGAGACACCAAUGAUAAAAUCACAGUCCGAGUAUGAAGAAUUCAUCAACAAAAACUUUACACUAAUCCAGCUGGAGAAAUAUUUCACGACGUUCGGCAGUCUCCGGUUAAAGCAGCUCGGGUACAGUGGCCAAUGGACUUGCCUCGCAGUGGACUCGCUACCUCUCCAGAUAGACCAGGGAAAGACGACUCUUCCGAUACAGACAACUCUGGCUUUUAACAUCACUUCAAAAUGUGCGCAGUACACAUUGCUUACGUUUAUCAUCGAUAUGGAAGCAACUAUCUCUGCUAUUGCACAAAACACAGCUGUCAUCUUUCACACCGAGCGCUGGAGAGAGCGUGUCAGGAGCAUAACGUCCACGAUUCAUGAUGUUACAGAUACUAGAGGUUUGGCUUCUGAAUUCAAACUAUAUGAAUUUUUCCAUCCAUCAGAAAAUGCCACUCCUACACUUGGACUUUCCUACCUGAUUCCCAGAGGACUGGCGCUGUCCAAUGUCACUUUAACGGCCAACGGAAAUUACCUUGUCGUUGAAACCGACCUUGACCUUCGCGAGACGUCCAAUCAGACAGAUGCUUAUGUACACCACGAUACUGAACCGGAAUAUGACGUCAGCAGUGUUAAAGUAACGUAUGAUACACUGAAUCCGGAAGUGUGUGCUGGGACAUACAGUUCGAAUCCAGACAGAAAUAUUGUAUUUACAUACGAUGAAGUAAACGCUUCCCAGGAACACAAUAUUAGUGCACACAGCGCUAGCAUGGCUUUAUCUGGUCGUAACUAUGGUAACAAACUGACUCUUGUUCUUUUAGUCAUCACGGUGAUCUACUGUAGAGUGUAUUUUAGUUGAAGCUACAGUCUUGCCUUGCCAUUUAGGUAGAAGUAUAGCACAGACCAUCUGACCGCCUCAGUGUUUAAAGUGCAUCCAGCCUUUGAAUGUUACAUUGAACAUGCAUUCUGAGAGUACUGCACAACACUACACAUCCCCUGCUGGGCUCAACAGGUGUUCUGAGAGUACUGCACAAUACACAUCCCCUACUGGGCCCAUCAAGUGUUCUGAGAGUACUGCACAACAAUACACAUCCCCUACUGGGCCCAACAAGUGUUCUGAGAGUACUGCACAACAAUACACAUCCCCUACUGGGCCCAACAGGUGUUCUGAGAGUACUGCACAACAAUACACCUCCCCUACUGGGCCCAACAGGUGUUCUGAGAGUACUGCACAACAAUACACCUCCCCUUCUGUGCCCAACAGGUGUUCUGAGAGUACUGCACAACAAUACACC